UAAAUGAUGAAAUUUUUUACAUUGAAAUCUAAUAAAUUUUUUUUUCCUAAAAUAUACUUAAAAAUAUUAAAAUAAAAUAUGUCAGAAAAUAACAGAAUGGCUGUUCGCGAUGCUCUUAAUGAGCUUGAUGAUAAACGUAUCAAACAAAUUAAACCUCUUAUUCCACCUCAAAUCUUGAUGGAAGAUCUACCUUUGACAAUACAAGCAGCUCAGAGUGUUAUAAUUGGUCGUGCAACUGCCGAAGCCAUUAUAAAAGGACAAGACGAUAGAUUGAUCGUAAUUGUCGGCCCUUGUUCUGUACACGACGUCAGAGCUGCUAUUGAAUAUGCCGGAAGAUUAAAGGCUUAUGCUUCUGAAGCUAGUGAACUUUUCAUUAUCAUGCGAGUCUAUUUUGAAAAACCAAGAACCACAGUGGGUUGGAAAGGAUUAAUCAAUGACCCUCACUUAAACAAUAGCUUCCAAAUCAAUAAAGGAUUACGUAUUGCUCGUAAUUUGUUGUUAGAAAUAAAUAAAAUAGGUAUUCCAUGCGGAUGCGAAUUCCUUGAUACAAUUACUCCUCAAUAUAUAGCAGAUUUAGUAUCUUGGGGAGCAAUUGGAGCGAGAACGACAGAAUCUCAGGUUCAUCGUGAACUUGCCUCCGGUUUAUCUGUUCCCGUUGGUUUCAAAAACGGAACUGACGGAAACAUAGGGAUUGCUGUCGAUGCCAUAAAAGCAGCCCGCAGCGGGCAUCACUUUUUAUCAGUCACAAAACAAGGAUUAAGUGCAAUUGUGGAAACAGAUGGUAAUGAAAGCUGUCACGUUAUUCUAAGAGGUGGCGCCCAAGGACCAAAUUAUUCAGCUGAGCACGUCCAAAAUGUGGUUCAAAAAUUAGAGUCAGAAAAAUUACCUGCUCGCAUAAUGAUUGAUUGCAGUCAUGGAAACAGUUCAAAAGUAUUCAGUCGUCAAGUUGAUGUGGCUAAAGACAUCGCCGAACAAUUAAAAUCAUCUCCAACAGGACAUAAUAUUGUUGGUGUAAUGAUUGAAAGCCAUUUAAAAGAAGGUCGUCAAGAUCUUCCAGUAGAAGGACCAUCCAAUCUCGUUUAUGGUCAGUCUAUUACAGAUGCAUGUAUUAGUUGGGAAACUACAAUUCAAGUUUUGGAUCUUUUACGUGAAGGUGUUCGUGCAAGAAGAGCACGUAACAAUAAUAAAAAUGGAUAUAAUGCUUUUAACGAAUAAAAAAAUAAUUUUAUUUUUCUUUGUAACAAAAAAAAAAUUAAUAAAAUUAUGAUCAUAUUUAUAUUUUACUUUC